AUGUACAAACCAAUUGUCCUCACUCUUGCCUCGUUGAGCAGCAUCCUCGCUGCUCCCUUGGACAAUGUCACUCCUGCCAAACACAAGCGCAGCUACACCUCCUCCAACUGGUCUGGUGCGGUCCAAGAGUCCAAGGCCGGAAGCUACAACUAUGUCCAGGGAAGCUUCGUCGUUCCCACAUUGAACGACCAAAACAACCCUAGUGGUACUGCUGAUAUCUGGGUGGGCAUCGACGGCAACAACUGCAAAUCUGCCAUCCUCCAGACCGGAAUCGUCACUUACGGCGACGGCAGCUUCUGGGUGUGGACUGAAUGGUGGAAGCACACUAUGCAGGACUACUCUGUUAGCCUUGAUGUUAAUGGCGGAGACACUAUCCGUCUCACCGUCCACGCUACAUCUUCUACAAGCGGAACUACGUCGGUCGAGAACUUGACUACUGGCAAGUCGGUUUCGCAGACCUUCACCAGCGAGACUUCCUAUCCUCUCUGUGAGAGUGAUGCUGAAUGGAUUGUCGAGGACUUCUCAACCGACAGCCAAGGCGAUCUUGCUCCCCUUGUUGACUGGGGCACUAUCAAAUUCUUCGACACCACGGCUAAAGGCCCCAAUGGUCAGGUCUCUGCUGUCGGUGCUGAGGUCUUCAACCUGAAGCAGAAUGGUGUCAUCCUUACUGAUACCGAGAUUGGUAGCGACGGAAGCGUUUCGGUUACUUACACUGGUGGCCAGUAA